AUCUGUCGUUAAAUCUGUUGAAUCGUUCUUACAGAACACACAAAUCGUUACAAAAGUCAAUUGGGUUCCCACGAAACUGUGGGGCCCAUCCUCGACCAGGAGAAGAAGAAGAUGGGUAAGAGCUGGUUAACAUGUGUCUCCGCGUCUUGUUUAUCUCCAGGAGGCAAAGACAAAAAGAAUCAAAAACCGGAGAAACCUAAGAGGAAAUGGUCAUUUGGGAAACAAAAGAGUAGAGAAUCUUUUGAAUUCCCUAUUGAGGAGACUCCUCCUUUAACGGUUGACCCUUCGCCUUCUUCUGUUUAUCAACCGUCUCCUCCUCCUCCUCCGUUACCGGAUUUUGCUCCUCAGCCGUCUUUGCCACCACCUUCUCCUCCUCCUCCUCCACCAGCAGCGGCAUCAUCUAGUAAUACGGGAUAUGGUGAGUCUAAUGAAGCGAAGACUAGACAAGCUCUGGCUCUUGCAUCAGCUGUUGCAGCCGAAGCAGCUGUCGUGGCUGCUCAUGCUGCCGCGGAGGUUGUUCGUCUCACGACCCCAUCAACACAUCAAAUUGUGGUAUCAAAGGAGGAAACUGCUGCGAUCAAGAUCCAAAAUGCAUACAGAUGUUACAAGGCGAGACGCACUCUUCGUGCGCUGCGAGGAAUGGCCAGGCUUAAAGCUUUGCUACAAGGAAGAUACGUCAAAAGACAAAUGAACGCGAUGCUUAGCUCGAUGCAAACACUUACACGUUUACAAACACAGAUUCAAGAGAGGAGGAAUCGCUUAUCCGCCGAGAACAAAACUCGUCACAGGCUAAUCGAGCAAAAGGGUCACCAGAAAGAUAACAAUCAGAAUCAGAGCUUGGUUCUAGCAGGAGAUUUCGAUGUAAGCAAUAAGUCAAAGGAACAGAUCGUGGCAAGGUCGAUGAAUCGAAAAGAAGCUUCUGUAAGACGAGAGAGGGCUUUGGCUUAUGCUUACAGUCAUCAGCAAACGUGGAGAAACUCUUCUAAACUUCCACACCAAACUCUGAUGGACACAAACACAACAGACUGGGGUUGGAGUUGGCUUGAACGAUGGAUGGCUUCUCGUCCGUGGGAUCCUCAAUCAAACGACGAUCAAGUCUCCUUCAAACGCGAAAACAGCAUCAAGACUUCUCCUGCCAGACCUAAAACACUAAAGUCAUCCAGCCAAAAAUCUAUUCAAUGGUCUGGAAACAAUGAUACCAAGAGCAAAACCAGCGAGGUUACUAAUCGUAGGCAUAGCAUUGGUGGAUCAUCUACAAACGUUAAAGAUGACGAGAGCGUUGGUAGCUCGACAUCGCGCAGAAACUCUUUAGAUAAUACACAAAAUGAGAAAUCCAAGGUUAUUGUGGAAACAAUAAGCAAAGUGAGUAAUGCACAAACUGUGAAGUCCAAGGUUAGUAUGGAAACAACAAGCAAAGUGAGUAAUGCACAACCUGUGAAAUCUAAAGCUAGUUUGGGAACAAAAAGAAACGUGGAUAACAAGCAAGCUUUGAAAUCAAAAGCUACCGUGGGAACAACAGGAAACUUGGCUAACACGCAAACUGUGAAACCAAAGGUUAAUAAUGUCGAAGCAACAAGCAACUUGGAUUUGCAGAAGAAGAAGGUUGUUGUGUCUGAUAAGAAGAAACCUCCGCAGGCAGUACUGCCAAAGAAGAGGCUUUCAUCUUCUACUUCUCUUGGAAAAGCUAAGAUAGUGUCGGAUUCUGACAAAGCAACGACAGGUGGUCCAAAUGGAGAGAAGAAGAGAAGAAAUGGUGGUAGCAGUUAACCUAAAGUAAUAGCCUUAUCUAAGACUAAGAUGUUGGUUUGGUGGCGAUUUGAUAGAGGUAGCAUCUCAAAUUCGAGAUUUGUUUUCUAUCAACGCAAAUAGAAAAGAGAAAAAAAAAAUGAAACAAAGAGUGUAUUUUGGUAACAUUUAUUUUGAUUGUUUUCUUUGAGUGAGAGUAUAAAUGAUGUAUGUCUGUUUCAGUUUGUUUUUCCAUCUGGUGGGUAAUUCUUUA